UUUCACUCCAAUACUGCUCUGUACUCGAUAGUCGAUACGCAGAUAUGGAUCAAUUCUCAGGCCAACCUCGCCUCCCGAAAUUCGCCGCUCCGAAACGCUACGAAAUACGGCUGAAACCUGACCUCACCGCCUGCACAUUCGGCGGUUUUGUCACUAUCGAUGUCGAUGUCGUCGCCGAUACUCGCUUCAUAGUCCUGAAUGCAGCCGAACUCUCAGUCAACUCCGACUCUGUCUCCUUCACUGCACGAGGGUCCUCAAAAAUACUGAAGCCAUCAAAGAUCGAGCUGCUUCAAGCGGAUGAGAUUUUGGUGUUGGAGUUUGUUGAUUCGCUUCCUCUUGGGAUCGGAGUCUUGGCUAUUGGGUUUCAAGGAAUUUUGAAUGAUAAGAUGAAAGGAUUUUAUAGAAGUACAUACGAGCUUAAUGGAGAGAAGAAGAAUAUGGCUGUUACGCAGUUCGAACCUGCUGAUGCUAGGAGAUGCUUCCCGUGUUGGGAUGAACCAGCAUGCAAGGCGACAUUCAAACUCACAUUGGAUGUUCCUUCUGAAUUAGUUUCCCUUUCCAACAUGCCAGUCAUUGAUGAGAAAGCAGAAGGGCUUCUGAAGACAGUUUCCUAUGAAGAGACACCUAUCAUGUCUACAUAUUUGGUGGCGAUUGUUGUUGGUUUAUUUGAUUAUGUGGAAGAUUUUACAUCUGACGGGAUCAAAGUUCGAGUAUACUGUCAAGUUGGAAAGGCAAACCAAGGGAAAUUUGCUCUGAGUGUUGCUGUGAGGACCCUUGAACUAUACAAAGAGUACUUUGCUGUUCCAUACCCUCUUCCUAAAUUGGAUAUGAUUGCAAUCCCUGAUUUUGCUGCUGGGGCCAUGGAAAAUUAUGGCUUAGUUACAUAUCGUGAGACUGCUUUGCUUUACGAUGAUCAGCAUUCUGCAGCUGCCAACAAGCAAAGGGUUGCUACCGUUGUUGCACAUGAACUAGCGCACCAAUGGUUUGGAAAUCUUGUAACAAUGGAAUGGUGGACACAUUUAUGGCUGAAUGAGGGUUUUGCAACAUGGGUGAGCUAUCUAGCGACUGAUGGCUUGUUUCCUGAAUGGAAAAUAUGGACUCAGUUUCUCGAUGAAUCCACAGCGGGUCUUAAACUGGAUGGCCUUGCUGAAUCCCAUCCGAUUGAGGUGGAAGUAAAUCAUGCCGGUGAGAUUGAUGAGAUAUUUGAUGCCAUAAGCUAUAGGAAAGGGGCAUCUGUUAUCCGUAUGCUACAAAGCUACCUUGGUGCUGAGUGCUUUCAGCGGUCCCUUGCCUCGUACAUUAAAAAGCAUGCUUAUAAAAAUGCAAAGACGGAAGAUUUAUGGGCUGCACUUGAGGAGGGAUCUGGUGAACCUGUUAAUAAGCUAAUGAAUUCAUGGACAAAGCAAAAAGGGUACCCAGUUGUAUCUGUCAAAGUCAAAGAUCAGAAAUUAGAAUUUGAACAGUCUCAAUUCUUGUCAAGUGGUUCCCCGGGAGAUGGUCAAUGGAUUGUUCCCAUAACUCUAUGUUGUGGCUCAUACGAAGUGCGCAAGAAUUUUCUAUUGCAAACGAAGUCUGAAACUCGUGAUAUAAAGGAGUUUUUUGGUGGGGACCUUCCAGCGACAAGAAGUGUCUGGUUGAAACUUAAUGUGGAUCAAGCUGGUUUUUAUAGGGUGAAAUAUGAUGAGGAGCUUGCAGCUAGAAUUAGAUAUGCAAUAGAAAGAAAUAGUUUGUCUGCAACAGACAGAUAUGGUAUUCUGGAUGAUUCCUUUGCCCUAUGUAUGUCUCGCCGGCAGCCUUUGACCUCUUUGCUUAUGUUGAUGGGUGCUUACAGAGAGGAAUCUGAAUAUAUUGUGUUGUCCAAUUUGAUAAGCAUAAGUUAUAAAGUAGGAAGGAUUGUGGCAGAUGCAACUCCGGAAUUAAUGGACUUCCUCAAACAAUUUUUCAUGAGCCUUUUCCAGUAUUCAGCAGAGAAGCUUGGUUGGGAUGCUAAGGAAGGUGAGAGCCAUCUGGAUUCAAUGUUGAGAGGAGAAAUUUUGACUGCCCUUGCCCAGCUUGGACAUGAUGUGACGCUGAAUGAAGCAAGUAGGCGCUUUAAUGCAUUCUUAGAUGACAGAAAUACACCACUGCUCCCUCCUGACAUAAGAAAGGCAGUGUAUGUGGCUGUAAUGCAAAAGGUUAAUGCAUCAAACAAAUCAUACUAUGAAUCUCUUCUGAGGGUGUAUCGAGAGACCGAUCUAAGUCAGGAGAAAACACGCAUUCUAAGUUCAUUAGCUUCUUGUCCAGAUCCUAACAUAGUACUUGAAGUUCUCAACUUUAUGUUGUCUUCUGAGGUCCGUAGUCAAGAUGCUGUUUUUGGACUUGCUGUUGGAAGGGAAGGUCGAGAGACAGCUUGGGCUUGGCUGAAGGAAAACUGGGAUCACAUCUCUAAAACUUGGGGAUCAGGAUUUCUAAUAACUCGCUUCGUCAGUGCAGUUGUUUCACCGUUUGCUUCAUUUGAGAAGGCUAAUGAGGUCGAGGAGUUCUUUGCAAGUCGGAGCAGGCCUUCAAUUGCUAGGACAUUGAAGCAGAGUAUUGAGUGGGUACACAUUAAUGCGAAUUGGGUUGAGAGUGUGCAGAAUGAGAAAGAGCUUGCUGAAGCCUUGAAAGAGUUGGCGUACAGGAAAUAUUAGGAUUCACUUUUGCUCACCUGCUUUGCUUUCCUUUGUUACUUUUAUGACAAGUUUAAAUACCUCCUAAUGAGCCAAAAAGAGAGUGAGAUUAUAAAAUAAAGAAUAAUCCUAGACUCAUCAUACUUGGUUGAUGUUUAAUAUUCAUGUUUUAUUUGAGUUAA